CUCUAAAAUCUGUCCUCUCUGGGUUUUGAAUCUAACGAAGUAUUUCAAUCAUCUACCUGAAGAGAUUACACUAGAUAUUUUAGGUCGAUUACCAACUCAAGAUGUCUUGGAAUGCAAAUUAGUUUGUAUAGAUUGGAGAAUUCUUAUUCGUCAUCCAGUUCUCCAAGAUGCAUUUAGAUCAUCUCAAUCAUCCUGCGGCUGAUUCUGAUAAGAUGGGUUUCAUUGCUUAGACUUCUAUUGAUGGGAGGAAUAAUUACAAUUUUGGGUAUUUUGAAUAUAAUGAGAAUCAUAAAUCCAUUGAGAGAAUUAGAAGGGUUAAUCUUAAUCUUCCAUUUAGGCAGUAUACUAGCUUUCAUGGGUCGUGUAAUGGUUUGUUCUGCUAUUCUUUUGGAGAAAAAACUUGUAUUUGUAAUCCUAUCACGAGAGAGUAUAUUUUGCUUCCAGAAAUUAACAGAGUUGGAAUGGGUGUUUGGGAGAGCGGAUUUGGUUAUGUUUCUUCGACAAAUGAGUACAAAGUUGUUGUAAUGAUAAUCUUUGAGAAAGAGACCAAGUUAAGGGAAGUUCACGUAUACACUCUAGGGAGUGGAAAUGGAUGGAGAAACAUUGGAAAGUUCAAUUUGGAAACCAGCAGAGAAGGUGUAUUUGUCAAUGGAGCUCUUUAUUGGGUGGACGAUAAAUUAAAAACCAUAGUUCCCUUCCAUUUAGCUGAGGAAAAGUUUGGUAAACAUCUUUCACCACCUCCUUUGUCAAGUGGUGAUUUUCAUGAUUAUUAUAAAUUAGGGUUUCUGGAUGGGUGUUUGUAUUUUGCUAGAGAUCUUGAUGUGCUUGGCAGUGGAUAUGGAGCUGAAUGUUGGGAUGCGUGGCUAUUGAAAGAGAAGGAUGAUAAUCACGGUAUGAAAGAGCGAGAGGGACAUCAGUCAACGGGUUGGAGUGAAGAUAGGGUUUAUUACGAGCUUAGCAGCGAAUUGUUUGCGGUUACGAGGAGUUACAGUGUCUUAAGUUACAGAGAGAACAAAAUCUACAUUGACCACGACCAAGAAGCUUCCACCUCGGAAACGAUUGUGGAUUUUAAUGAAUGCAUUGGUGCAGUAUUCCCUCACAGGAACACCGUAGUUGCCUUGAAAGAAUUAGGGGAAGAGACAGAAAGCCUUUCAACCAGCUGUAGGAGGAUGAGACGCUGGACACCAACUUAUAAACUGUCAUUCUUUGAAAUUGAGACGAUGACAUAUUUUAUUUUGGGACAAUCUGCGAUUGUUAUCGGAUGGUGGUGGGGAUGAUGAUGAGUGGAUCUGUUUAAUAGUCCAUCUCCAUCUAAACGGUUACGGUGUUCGUCGAUUUUGUUGUUGGAGAAUGAUGGUGGUAAUGGCAAUGAGAAGCUAGUGAAAGAAGCGAGGCAUUAUGUGGAAUGGAAUGGGAGAGCGAGGGAUUUUAGUAAUGUGAAUGAUGGUGAUGGUGUAAUUUCAUAAGAUUGGCAUGUCAACUUGGAUUUAUGGGAAGAACAUGGGUUAGAUACUACAAUGUUGCUUGUUCCUGGUACACCCAAAAUGGAGUGCUGAGGAAUGUCAAGUUGUUUGUUGCGGAGACGCUUAGACGGGGGUGUUUUCUAGUUGUUAUGAAUCCUAGAGGUUCUGCUGGUGCUCCACUGACUACCCCAAGAUGUUAAAAACUCAAAAUUACAAGUAAAGGUGUCAUCACAGGAUAAUUGAUACACUGUGGCCCCUUGAAGAUCACAAUUCAUCGGAUGAUCUUGUUUGAAAACUUGGAGGACGGCCCCCCCUAGACCUGGGGAUCUGAUGCUCUUAGUCAAAAAUAUCAUACUAGACACACUGAAGGUUGAAGUUGGUCGUAGGCUAGGUGUGCAAGAGAUGGAACCCUCACGAGCGAGUGAGUUGGAACGAGUAGCAGAUGUAGUUUCCUUGGGUAUAGGACAAAACCAGGAUUUGAUAAAAUUCAGGCACUAUUGGGUGUGGAUAUGUAAUGAAGACGAUUUCUUUUGCUGUUACUGAAACCAGUUACUUGAGAAAUAUUCUGCCAGUUGUGUUACUGUAGGCUCUUUGCUUGGCCGCUUUGAGGAAGUACUUCAGUGUAGCUGUACAGCAGGAUGAUCCCCAUAGUUUGGAGGAUAGUAUUGAUUUCACCUGUAAUACAUGCAGUUCGUAUUUUUUGGAUGGCUUUCUAUCACAAAUGUGUCUAAAUAGUUGUAUUUGGUUUUGAGAAGUUCAGAGAGAACUUUUUGGAAUCCAACAAACUCUCGUCGGAAUUGUUGUCAUUCAUGAAUAUUGGAGAUUUGAUUUCC